GAGAGGGAGGGAAGGAGGGAGAGGCGCGCGCAUGCGCUGUAGGGACACGGCCGUGGAGGGGUGACGUUGCGCUCUUAGGCCGAGAGGAAGCGCAUCCUCGCUGAAGAGAAUCCUUCAAAGGAAGGGAAAAAAGAGGGGAGGCUUCGGCCUUCUCCGGCCCGGCCUGCGGAGAUGCUCUCGGCGUGACGUGGUGUGAGUUUCCCCCUCGCUUCCUCCCUCCCCGACUCGAGCCAUGGCAUCCUCGCCCGGCUGGCCCGAGUCUGUGGCCCGCCAGGCCGAGGAGGUGUCGGCCCGGCUGAGGGAAGUCCUGUCGGCCGGCGCGGGCCUCUUGCGCACCGAGCUGGGCCUCGAGCUCCCGCCGGCCUUGGAGCCUCAGCGCCUGCCCGGGUGGCUGCUGCUCCUCGCCACGUCGCUCCUGCCGCUGCUGCUCCUCUUGGUGCUGCUGUGGGGCCUGCGCUGCGGCCGCGGAGGGAGCGCUCGGCCGAGGCGCCUCCGGAGGACCACCGCCGAGGAGGAGGAGGAAGACGAGGACGAAGAGGAGGACGACGACGAGGAGGAGGAAGCCGCGGCCACCCCCAAAGCGGGCCUGGCCAGAGGCGGAGGCGGCCCUCACAAGGGGCCCCCCCUGACAGGCCCGGCGGGGCUCCUGCUGAAGGCGGACGAGCAGAAGAAGCGGAAUAAGAAGAAGGCGCCCGAGAAAGCGGGCAGGCUUAAUGGUCAACCUGCUCAUGAAAUUUCUGAAGAGGAAAUAACGCCUACAGUUCGGAGAGAGAAUCUAAAGCAGCCAUCAGAUGUGGAAAAGAAAACAGAAAAGUCAAAGAAGAAUAAGAAGAAACAAAGAGGAGAUGCUAAAACGGUUCAGGAUCAAUCACGUGCUGAUGGAAAAGAAGCUGAUGAAGGAGCUUGGGAAACAAAAAUCAGUAACAGAGAGAAACGACAGCAGCGUAAACGUGACAAGGUGUUGACUGACACUGGGCCAGAAUCAAAUAUAUCAGCUAUGGAAAAUUCAGUCUCUCUUUCCACUGAACCACUGACUUCUUCUGCAUCCUUUUCAGUUGGUCCUAGAAAAAACAAAGGUGAUACAGUUCUGAAUGUUCAAGUUAAUAAUUCUAAAUCUGGAAAAGGUGAUACUACUCUUCAGCAAGUUCCUUCUGGACUCAAUGAAGGCCCCACAGUAAAUGGAGGCAACUGGAAUGAAAAGCCUGUAAAGAUUUCUCCUCAAAUUAACACAAGUGAAGAGAAAUGGACUCCAGUGUCAUCUGCAGGUGGCAAGAGGAAGAAUGAGACAUCAGCUUGGGGAAAAGAUACUGGAGAUAAUGGAAAUGGGAAGGAUUGGGGAGUGUCUCUGGUGGGCAGAACCUGGGGUGAGCGCACUUUGUUCCCUGGUAUCGCCUGGUCUGGAGUGGAUGGAAGAAUAAACACACCUGAACAGAGUUCUCCUUCAUUUUCUUCUUUGGGAUUAAAUCCUAAAGUUUCUGGAUCCAGCAGUGAGCCCGUUUCCCAGCCUGGAACUACUGAUUUUCAGUGGGAUUUAAACCGUAAUCAGGCACAUGUUGAUGAUGAAUGGUCUGGGCUAAAUGGGCUUUCUUCUGCUGAUCCCACUUCUGAUUGGAAUGCCCCAGCAGAGGAAUGGGGAAACUGGGUUGAAGAAGAAAAGUCUCCUUCCAUUCCACAGCUUGAAGAAGGAUUGUCUGAGGCUCAGAAGGCUACAGAUGAUGAGAAAGAGAAGACAGAACCAACUCUGCAAAAUACUGCAAGUGGUAAAUCCAAAAAGAAAAAGAAGAAAAAGAAAAAGCAAGGGGAAGAGGCUACCUCUCCUGUUCAGGAUGCUGAAGAUCCGGAUAGACAUGCUGGAGAAGAGUUUUCAGAAGAUACCUCACAAGUUCAACAAGAGCAGAUACCUUUCUCUUUAAAAACCAUCAGCACUAGUGAAAAAGCUGAGCCUGAGGAGAUGUCCUCAUUUGCAGUUUCUACUGAGCCAUCUGUAACUGUAUCAGAGAGUGAAUCUGACAAGAUACCUUCCCAAGUGCCACAGAUGUUACAGGAGAUAGAAGUUCCUAUUUCUAACGUUAAGCAAAACAGUGUGCCUCCACCACAGACCAAGUCUGAAGAGAGCUGGGAAUCCCCGAAACAAAUCAAAAAGAAGAAAAAAGCCAGAAGGGAAACAUGAAUUUUCUGAGAUGGACGUGUGUUGCAGAAACACUUGUCGUGAAGAUUAUGCUGUUUAUGCAAUAAUUUGUGAACCUGUACAGAAUUUUAUAUAAAUUUCAACAGAUUUUUUAAAAAACAAACUGCUUUGAAAACAACCUUCUUUAAGAACAGGAACAGAAGGAGAUUGAGUUGGUGACAUACUUUUAACAGGAAAUCUGACAAUACUGAAGAUGCAUUGAAGAGUCUGUAUUUUCAACCAGUGGGGAAAAUAAUUUUUGAAAACGUUGGUAUUGCAACAGUUAUCUCUCUUAUUUCAUGUCAGUUGGAUAAAAUUGAUUGGUCUUAAAUUCCCUAACUGUCUUUAAACCUAGUGUGUCUCUUUUGAAUGGUGCCCAUUCUGAAUUUGUUUAAUGUAUAAAUCAAAGUCUGGUUAGUAAUCUGCCAUAUCUUUCUAAUAAUUAAAAGUAUAAAAACUUAAAAAGUUGUAAGUGCAGAGAGUGACAGGGAUUCUGGAAGCAUUUUCUCCUGAAUAGUGACCUGAUUUGAAUGGUAGUCUUCUUCAGAGAUGGUGUGUACCAGAAUUGUGGCUAAAACCUUUCAGCAAAAUUAUUUCUCUAGUUUAAAAAAUGAUGAUGAUGAUGAUGAUUGUGGUUUAGAUGCAGAACUGAUAGAAACUGGUCAGAACUUCAGCAUGAUUCAUAAAGUUCCUCCUUGAUAGUCUACUACUUGAAUUAGUCAGAUAAUAUAUUUUAAAGAAACUGGGCAGGAUGCUCCAGAUCUGCAUCAUGUUUUAUUCUUUUUAAAGAUAAUAGGUUCGUUCUUGAUAAUUUUUCAUCUCUAUAAUUCUUAAAAGUCAUGUUUCAUUUCUCUUCUGCCCACUUUCCUAUUAUAAUUCCCCUUUUUGGUUGAUUUAAUGUCUUUUUAAGAAAAGUAACUUCCAUAAACUCUUCAAAGGUGUAGUGGAGAUGAAAGAGAAAUAAUGGCUUCAGACAGCUUUAAUUGAUAUUGAGACCACCUGUAUCAGGAAGUGCUUUUUUACUGCCUUAACCUAUGUAGAAUCUGCAUCUAAAGUUCUUAAAUGGGAUAUAUGUUGUUGUUGUUUUUUGUAUUUUUAAAAAAUCAUGCAAGUAUAAUAAUUGUAAAACAACUUUCCUCUUGGAAUAAUUGAUUACAAUGGGAGUUGAGCUGCAUCAUUGCCAGGCACUGUGUAAUUACAUCACAUCAAGCAGGCAGGUAUCUAUCUAUGAAUAGUGCAUGCUCAGCCAUGUACACUGUAUAUAGCCUUUACAAAUGUUUGUGUGUGUUUAAAGGACCAUAAUUAACAUAACUUGGUGAACAUCUAUUAAAGAGAAGCCAUGAUUAUUUGAUGUAAUUGGCUUAGCAUUUUUCUUUUCUUGUGGCAGAGAAGUUGUAACAGCUGUAACCAAUGGUACUUAUUGACUCUCCCAUAAUGUCUCAUUGUAUACAUCUGAAAUUUUGGUAAAAUUAACUUGCAAUGCAAGAACAAUUAAAGCAACAAACUGGAUUUAGUUGUAUUGAAGACAAGCCUUAUUAAUUGAUAGUGUUCCUAAUGAAUACUAAUGUGCACAGGUAUUCCUGUUUCACAGGAACAUGGCAGAUGUUUACAUGUUCAGAUGUUUUUGUUUAAUUCAGUGACAUUUCUAAAUUGAUUUUGUUAAAAUAAAGUGAGCAAAUUGA